CGACUGGUAUCGUCCAUUGUCUUCAUUCUGUUCAAGCGAAUAAUUUAACAUAUUUAACAGUAUUUAACCGAGAUUAUUCACCAACAGUCAACGAUACCUACCAAUUAACGUGUUUGAGUAAAUCUAAAGUAGCUAUGAAUAUUAUUAUCUCUUUCUUACAGAGUAAAUCUAAAGUAGCUAUGGAUAUUAUUAUCUCCUUCUUGUGGAGUAAAUUUAAAGUAGUUAGGAAUAUUAUUAUCUCCUUCUUAAAGAGUAAAUCUAAAGUAGCUAGGAAUACUAUUAUCUACUUCUUGAAGAGUAAAUCUAAAGUAGCUAUGAAUAUUAUUAUCUCCUUCUUAAAGAGUAAAUCUAAAGUAGUUAGGAAUAUUAUUAUCUCCUUCUUGAAGAGUAAAUCUCAAGUAGCUAUGAAUAUUAUUAUCUCCUUCUUGAAGAGUAAAUCUAAAGUAGCUAGGAAUAUUAUUAUCUCCUUCUUGAAGAGUAAAUCUAAAGUAGCUAUGAAUAUUAUUAUCUCCUUCUUGAAGAGUAAAUCUAAAGUAGUUAGGAAUAUUAUUAUCUCCUUCUUGAAGAGUAAAUCUAAAGUAGCUAGGAAUAUUAUUAUCUCCUUCUUGAAGAGUAAAUCUAAAGUAGCUAGGAAUAUUAUUAUCUCCUUCUUGUAG